UCUGGAACUGAUUUUUCUACUUCUGCUCAGCUUGUUCUGAAACUAACUGUUCUUCAAGGACUCGCGGAGCCUAGUCUGAGAAAAUUAAAAAGACCAGUGGAGGGUUUGGCUGAACAGCUAUUACAUUCCCAUUCAGAAAUAAUAAUUCUAAUUCCUUGUUCUCAGUU